CUCUGAGUCUAGGUACUACCGCGGUAUAGGAUACGGUACCCUGGAAUCUGGAUAGGAAGAGACUGCUCGCCUGCAUGGGCGUCAAUAGGCUGAGGAUGCUCGCAGCUCCACAAACAGAGCUCUGACCCUGUUUUGGGGCGCCCUUCUCUCUUGAGCUGCGCGUCACUCAGCUCCACUCAAUUUCACGGCUUCUAAAAAGGGGCAGCGUCCUUAGGCUUUAAACCCGAUUCUUAGGGGUCCCUUAAAUAGCAUCUACGACCGGCGAGCGGGGGUUUUGCCAGCUUUGUACAGCACUUGCUCUCAUUGGGGUGUUUCUAGCAUGUCAUUGGCAAGGAACACCAGACGCUCUUGUCUGUCUGUCGCGGACAGGAUCCUGGUCAGCCUGACAAGGGGGCUUCCCAUUGAAGGGGCUGCUGAACAGGUUACUCUGCAGAAAGCUGACUUCAGCUGAAAAGUUAAUUCAUUCAAGUUAGCCUGAAAGUCUCGCCAGCUCCCUUGCAGUAAUGCUGCAAACACCAUGUAGCUGACCGCAACUAGGCGUGUCUCUGCUACAGUGCUAGUGAGAACAAGAAUGGGCCGGGGAGCUGCUUUGAGGAACAGUUCUGAUAGGAAGAUGCCUCGCUACCGAGGCUCUGGUCUUGCCGUCCUUCUUUUGGCAGUAUGUUGUCUAACCGCUGCAGUAUCUGGUCAGAUUGAUGAUGGGGCGGCGAGCGAAAAAGUCAGUCUUCGAGGGGCGAGCAGCCUAACCCUAGAAAAGGACCACGGCCAUAAACCAGAGCAACUAGGACAACAGGGAAAUUCUCCAGAGUUCCUCACAGAGGCGCUGUCUGCGGAGGCUGCCUCUAGGGUCCCAAGCAUCAACACUGCGAAGGCGCCCCCCCUGAAACCCCGAGUAGCGCCCGUGACGGUAGCCUUUCUGACGGUUCUCAUGGCUCUUGCAACUGGCCUGGGGUCUGUCCCCUUCUUCUUUCUAGACAUGAAGGGGAAGGGUUACGCUGGCAUAUGCAAUGGGAUGGCCUGCGGAGUGAUGCUGGCGGCUAGCUUUGGGCUAUUGCACGAGGGGGAGGCUUAUGGGGGGGCGGAGUGCGUGGUCCUUGGUGUGCUCUUGGGGGGACUGUUCAUCCUUGCAAGCCAGAAGUAUAUGGCCCAAUUUGGUGAGGUUAAACUGAUGUCACUGGAGGGUGUCAAUGCGCACAAGGCCGCCCUCAUUGUAGCCAUCAUGACACUACAUGCUUUUGGCGAGGGGGCUGGAGUGGGGGUUUCAUUUGCGGGGCCUCGAGGGCUUCCGCAAGGGCUGCUGGUGACGAUCGCCAUUGCGGUGCACAACAUCCCCGAGGGUCUGGCGGUCAGCAUGGUCCUCUCCUCGAAGGGCGUCAGCGCACGUCGCGCCAUGCUCUGGAGCAUCAUCACUAGCUUACCGCAGCCGCUGGUUGCGGUUCCCGCCUACAUGUUUGCCGAGACGUUCACCAAGUUCUUGCCGCUGUGCAUGGGCUUUGCCGCGGGGUGCAUGAUAUGGAUGGUCUUUGCGGAGCUGCUGCCAGACAGCCUGGAGGAAGCCAGUCCCACGGCAAUCGCCGCAUCUGCCACCCUCUCCAUCGCUUUCAUGGAGGCUCUCAGCUGUUUCAUGAAGACGUUGGAGCAAGGCCCUGGUUCUCAGAAGCGCUCCCCUUCCACCCCCCUCCUCUGGUCUCUUCUCUUUGGUCUCGGUCCCGCUUUCGGAGGUCUUUUGGCCGUUUUUGCGCAGCGCGUCGCAAAGUUUUCGCAAGCCGGGAUGAUGGGAGGAGCGGCGGGGCUCAUGCUCGCGCUCGGCGCGGCUCGACCAGUACAAUUGCUUUUGGGGGAUCAUCCGCCGUGGCUAAACAUGGUUUUGUUUCUAGGGUUAGGCGCGGUUACGUUCGGGUUAGUGGGUCACUGGGCCGUCGGGCGGGGCGUGCAUAAGAAGACGGACGAGGAAGAGGCGGUGCUCAAGAGUGACGGGAAAUUGUUGGACACGCCGGUUUCUAAAGCGGCCAUGUUAGCGGUGACGGCGAUUUUGAUCCACGCAUGGGUUGAGGGUUUGGUGCUUGGGGUUGCGGCUCGGUUAGCGGAGGGCAACAUCGGUUUGCACAUGCUAGCCCCAGUCGUGCUGCAUAGCUUGCCCCGGGGGGCGGCAGUGGCCGCCAUAAUCGGCGCUCUUAGCAAGAGUCCUCGGGGCGCGUUACUGAGUUCGGCGUUGUCAGGGUUCGCGGGACCGGUUGGAGCCGUUGUGGCGUUAGCACUUGGGAUCAGGCGGUUACAGCCGUUGGAUGAUGUGAUGAUGCUUGCGAGCGGAGCAAUCAUUCUGGGCGCGUGGAAGCACCUGCUGCCAAGGGCUUGGAGGUUAGAUGGAAGAAGAACGCUGGCGGGGCUGUUUGUAGGAGCCGGUUUUGCUGCGAUGAGUUUCUGUGGUACGCAUCUGUUGUGCGCACACACAUUCUUGUGCGUAGCUGCUCCUGAUGCAGUGACUUGACUUCGUUUCGGGUUACUAAUAGUUGGUGUGGAUAGUAAUUUUCUUUUUAAAUUCGUGAAAGCAAAUUUUAACUCAACCUUCUUUUU